UCCAACUGCUGCCGCCACUGCAACCGCCCAACGAAAUCCCAGAACCCCUGCGUGACGGCUGACUCAGGCGUCAUGAACACCACCGUUGCUGCCGUCGUGUUAGCCCGCCCGCCGCCGCGCCACGUCGUCAACGCCAACCCCAAUCUCGAACACCGCGCGUCCAUGUCGGUGCGCAACGCCACCAACAGCGUCAUAACGAUCGUCACCCCAUCCAGUGCGCAAUACGCCGGCAACAUGAACGACAAACUCUUGCCGCCGCCCGUGCCCGUCACCUGCACGAUUGGGUCGUCCCCGCGCAUGAUCGACCAGAUGACCCGCUCCUGCUGGCCGCGGAACGCCGCCUACAGGUCCCCCAUCAUCUGCCGCAACUGCCUGCCAGCGUUGGCCAACUGCAACCGCGUGAACCGCCGCCGCCGCUGGCCCUCGAACUCCUCGUCCGCCGCCGUCGUCAUCGUCCGCCGCCGUCGUCAUCGUCCGCCGCCGCUUGGUGGGUGCCCCGCCGCCCCGGUCCUCCGCCCCGAACCCUAA